AUGCGCUUCUUCUUCUUGCUAACGCUGGCCGUUUACUUUGUGCCAACUCUAUCCUUCGUUGUCUCAGCACAAACCUCGCAUGCCCCACGCGAGGCCCUCAAUGGUCUCAUCACUGCCCGAGAUGAUACUCCUCCGAGUAGCCUGACGCAAGCUACGGAUGGCAGCACGACAACAGGCGCGAUCAGCCAUGCGACAGAAGCCGCGAGUAAUGCGACUAGGACCACAAACGCCACCAUUCCAGCCUCCACAACUCUGGCCGCAUCGAAUACAUCCGUGACAAGCAAUGAGAGCAAGGCACCCACGGAUCCGAAUGAUCUUCCAUUGCAACCCAAAGUCACUCCAGCUCUGGGGAUUGCUGGCUUCAUUCUGCUUGCAGCCGGAGCUGUGCUCGCAUUGAUUGGGGUUCAAAAUCUUUGGAUUCAAGUCUUCUUAUCCACGGCAUUCCUGACCAGUCUCGGGGUUACAGUCCUUAUCGUCUACGUAAUGAGCCCACCAGUGCGGGUUGCCGUCCAGGGCGCAUACCUGGUCGCAAUCUUCUUCACUGGCGCAACAUUCGGUGCGCUUGCGAUCGUCUUCAAGGAACUAACCGAAGGUCUUGGAUGCCUUCUCGGGGGGUUUUGUGCUAGCAUGUGGCUUCUCUCAUUGAAACCCGGAGGUCUCUUGACGGACACGAACGCCAAGAGUGGUUUCAUCGGCGCCAUGUCAGCUGCCUUCUAUGCCAUGUCUUUUAGUCAAUACACGCGACCGUACGGAUUGAUGGCUUCUACAGGGAUCUCCGGCGGCACUGCUGUAGCCCUGGGGAUUGACUGCUUCAGCCGUGCGGGGCUAAAAGAGUUUUGGCUCUACAUCUGGAACCUCAACAGCGACAUCUUUCCCCUGGGCAAUCAUACCUACCCGGUUACGCGCAACAUCCGCGUUGAACUUGCCGUGACUGUCAUUGUCGCUCUUCUGGGCGUCGUCUCCCAGCUACGCCUGUGGAAAGUUGUCCGCGACCGCCGACAGAAGGAGAAAGAGAAGUGCGACCAGGAGCGACAGCAUCACGAACAAGCGGAAGCCGAGGUCGGCCGUAGACUAGAAGAAGACAACGUGGAGGAGCGGAAGGAGUGGGAGGCCAAGUACGGGGAUGGCUCUCCGUCGUCGAGCACACCCGAGCUGCCGGGCGACUCCAAGCGCCCAAUUGAUGAGAUGGAUGCCAUGGAAAAGGGCGAUGCCAUUGAGGUGAGGAGUAUCUCAGCCUCGUCGUACAGUUCUUAUCGGUGCUCGGACUGCCGGGAGCGCGGCGAGGAUAGUGACACCGAGUCACAUACUUCGGAUGCUAGUGCGGGCAGCCGGCACGCAGAACCAGAGGGUGCAGAUGGAAGUAAAGGUACUGUUCCCCUGAAACUAUUUGACGGCGCAGCCGCGGCUCGGAUGGAUGAGGACAAGAGCUCGGAUGUCACUGCUCUUGUUGGGUCAGACGCCGGGUCAGAGCGCUCGAGACGGAUGUCGAGGACUUCGCUGGUAAGAAAGGCUGGGGGUGUCAGUGGUGAGAUUCCUCGCUCGGAGUCGAAGGAGGCGUUGGUCUCGGUGGAUGGUACUGCUUCGUCUUCGGAUGGCAUUCCGGAUGCUGGCAGCGACCAGACUUCCGAGAGUCACCCCACUCCUGCGACUCCUGCGACUCCUGCGGGAGAUGAGGCCAGUGGGGCUGAGCCAUCACCUCAGGAAGAAGUCACAAAUGGACAACAGGCUCAAGUUUCUGAAAGCAAUGAUCACCAAAACGAACCGCCAGCUGCCAAAAUCGAAUCCACUGAUCCCAGCUCACAAUGUGCUACACCGGAGAAGAAUCUAGAAGUGAAGGGCGAAGUGAGUCCUGCAUCGGGACGAAAUUCAGAGAAUACUUCCGAGCAAAAGCAGAUCACCGAGACCGGAGGUAAAAUGACAAGUGAGAGAGAAGAGACCGGAGGGACUGAAAUAGUAGCAACUGCUGAGCCCAAGUCGGAAGGCAAGAAGCGCAAGACAGGGACAAAAUCAUCUAAGAAGAAGUCGAAAAAGUCGCAGGAUUCGCGACUUGGGGCACCUCGUCCUGAGGAAGAGAACAAAGACGAGAAUAUUACCAACAAUGGCAAGCAAAAGACCCAAGAAUGCUUUUCCGAACAUCCAGAUCAACCAACAUCCGCGAAUAACAAUGAAAAGCUCAACGCUACUCGCAAGAAAAGCACGGCAUCCACUCAACCACAUGAGCACGAAUUGAAACAAAAGAAAGAGCCGGAAGAGCCUGUGGAACCUCCGGAGCCCCCCAAACUGGAUGAGAAAACUGUGAAACACCUUCCAAAACAGACUUCCAGAGUAGUUCAAUCCUAUCGCACCAAUGAAUGGGCAAAACAACUCGCUGAUGCAGAGGUGCCCGAGCUCGAACCGAUCACGCCUGUCGAGGAGGAGGAACCCGAAGUUGUCCCCAAGGUGGACGAAAUUGCAGCACCAGUCAAGGUAGAAGAACUGCUGCAGACACCGCUAAAUGCGCAGCCGCCCCCGGCCGUAGAGCGCAAGGUCAAAGACCUAGCUAGGUCCAAGAGUCACCGGGUCCCUGGUGAUUCAUACCUACAACAGGGCCUUCAUCCAAGCCGGUCCAAGAAAAAGGCAUCGGUUUCCCCACCAGAUCCCUUGCAGCUAGGCAGUCUGACACAUGUGCCGCUUGUCAAUGCUGUUGGGGCAGAACAACCCAAGGACGAGCCUGAGCCUCCAAAGCCACGAUGGAGAGGACCCCCUCCGCUCAUGGCCGUGCGAGAGGACAUGAUGCGCAAUCGCUUGUCGUCUUUCUCUUUGAACUUCGACCCCUUUGCGCGGAACAGCCCCGGUUCCUGGCAAGCACCCAUCGAUUCACUACCGCCGCGAUACUCGUUUGCCGGCAACCUCGAAGAGACUGACGACAUGCCGCUCUCCCAGCGCCGUACGCUGCUACAUCAACAGACAAUACAGAGUCCACCGCAGGCACAUAUCCCCACUCCGAUACCCCGGAGACACCCCAGCAACGGCCAAUCAUCUAGUAACAUGCCGGCAGCGAUGGCUGCCUGGCGCGAAUCAAUCAUGGAGGAUCUCAGAGAUAAACGAGUCCCCCUUGCGAAACAGGAUGGGCCUGUCAUCGCCACUGGAGUUGAUCGUAGUCCACCACCCUACGUCCAGUCGCUACAACGGCAUAGUUCAUUGAUCCACCACCGCCGUGCUCACGCCGGUGCAUCGGGCCCGCCGCGCAGCGAUAUGAGUGAGUUGCAUCGGGAGGCCAUGAGGCGGAUGCAGGCCAAAGCCAAUCGAAAGGUCGGCGGCUUGUGACAGGUUGCGCUCCCGUUGAUCGUAUUGCUGUUUUCGAGGUCGUUGCGCACAAUUCCCCGCUACGGUCGACGCCUGUUUUUUUGACUCUUGGAG